CUCCUCCUCCGCCUCCUCCGCCUCUCCUCCGCCGCCAUGGGAGACGUGGUCUCGGCGCACCUGGACGACAGCCGCCGGCAGUUCAUUGCAGAGAAGACCGGGAAGGUCCUUGGAGAGUUUUGCCGGUUCUAUGAGGAACAGUACGGCGUGGCGCUCUUCAACAGUGUCCGGUAUGAGAUCGAAGGCAGCGGGGGCCUCCAACCUCAGCUACUGCAUCGCAAGGUUCCACUGGAGGACCGUACCAUCUUCUCGGGGAACCUCUUCCAGUACUUGGAAGAAAACAAGAAGUGGAGAAACCGCUACAGCAUCGUCCCGCACAAUUAUGGGUUGGUGCUGUACGAGAAUAAGUUGGCCUUUGAGAGGGGGCUGCAGCCCCGAAUCCUCGUCAACAGCGCUGGCUACAAGAUUCUUACUUCCCUGGAUCAGUAUCUGGAACUAGUCAAUAACAACUUGCCAGGUCCUGCCCCCAAAUCGGGCAACACCCCCGUCUUGAAAUGCCCCACCCAGUUCCCCCUCAUCCUUUGGCACCCUUAUGCCCGACACUACUACUUCUGUGUGAUGACCGGCAAGGAGCAAGAAAAGUGGCAAGCCGUCUUUCAGGAUUGUGUGCGUCAUUGCAACAAUGGGAUCUCCGAGGACUCCAAGGUGGAGGCCCCCGCGUUCACCGACGCCGUCCGCAUGUACCGCCAGUCGAAGGAUCAGUACGGCACCUGGGACAUGCUUUGUGGCAACGAAGCCCAGGUCUUGAGCAAUUUGGUAAUGGAGGAACUCCUUCCGGAGCUGAAGAACAUGAUUGGGCCCCGGCUGAAGGGCAAAGCCCAGGAGAGGCACCGGGUGUGGAUCCAGGUCUCCGACGCUGUGUACAGGAUGGUCUACGACCAGACGAAAGCGCAUUACGACACGGCGGUGGCGAAAUGUGACCUUCGGAGUCCCCAGAUGCGGAGCACCAUCCGCACGGAUAUGGACCAGAUCAUCCAGUCCAAGGAGCACUUGGCCAGCAAAAUCCGAGCCUCCGUCUUCUCCAAAGCCGAGCUCUGCGUCCGGAACCACGUCCAGCCGUACAUCCCAUCCAUCCUGGAGGCUCUGAUGAUCCCCACCAGCCAGGGCUUUGCUGAGGUGCGGGAGGUGUUCUUCAAGGAGGUCACCGACUUGAACUUGAACAUCGUCAAUGAAGGAGGGACGGAAAAACUGGGAGAGUACAUGGAGAAGCUGUCCCAACUGGCUUUCCACCCCGUCAAGAUGCAGUCCUGCUAUGAGAAGAUGGAGCAGUUGAAGCUGGAAGGGCUGCAGCAGAGAUUCGACGUGUCCAGCGCCUCGGUGUUCAAGCAGCGGGCGCAGAUCCUGAUGAGGCAGCAAAUGGACGACACGGUCUACACCUUUGAGACGCUGCUCCACCAGGAGCUCGGGAAGUCGCUGAGUAAAGACGAGCUUUGUAAGGCCAUCCAACGCAUCCUGGAACGUGUGCUCAAGAAAUAUGACUACGACAGCAGCACAGUGAGGAAGAAGUUCUUCCGGGAGGCCCUGCUCCAGAUCACCAUUCCUUUCCUGCUGAAGAAACUGGCGCCCACUUGCAAAGGGGACCUAGCGAGAUUCCAGGAGCUGAUUUUUGAGGACUUUGACAGUUUCAUCCUGGUGGAGAACACGUACGAAGAGGUGGUGCUGCAGUCCGUUAUGAAAGAUAUCAUGAUGGCCGUGAAGGAGGCGGCGGUGCAGCGGAAGCACAACCUCUAUCGCGACAGCAUCGUGAUGCACAACAGCGACCCCAACCUGCACUUGCUCGCCGAGGGGACGCCCAUCGACUGGGAGGAGGAGUUUGGCGGCCCGCCGGACCCAGACUCGCCCGACGAGAAGCAGCGCCGGGCCAAGCAAGUGAUGUCAGUUAUCCAUGCCGACGAAGGGGCCCUGCCCUAUGACGUCACUUCCCUGGAGAGCUCCCCGGAUGCCCCGGAGCCGGAAGGGUUGGACCGCGCCCCUUCCGCUCCCGGCCCGGGCUCCCCUGACAGCGUGAAGGAGCUCCGUACCAUGUUGGUGACGGAGCUCCAAAUAGAAGCCCCCGCUCCGGUCAGUUCGAAAGCGGAGGAACAGCUCAGCAAUGGCGCCGUGAUCCAAGAGAGCCAAGGAACCACAGAGGAGAAAGGAGAGGAAGCCGGCCGGGCGGCGGACGGCCGCCCCCCGGAAGGCAGCGCUGAGCACCAGGCGGAGGAACAGGAAGCCACAGCUGCUGUGCCGGCUUCUCCCAGCAAACCGGCUCAGCCAAAAGCCGAUGGGGAAGCCCAAGCCGGCCACUCCGAGCCCAGCGAUAAGGAGACAGGGGAGGAGUCGGUGGUGGUGGCGGCAGCCCCCCCGGUCUGCAAAGCUGAAGCAGAUCCACUCCCGGAGAAUAGCCACGGGGCGGCAGACGACAGCGAAGGGGUGCAGACUCAGUUCUAGGCCAGGCCCCUCCGGCGAGCGGAUUUCUCUCGGCCGCGGAAUCACCAAAGGCAGACUGGAGCUGGGGACGAAGGGAGAACAGAGCAGGGCGUGGAGAAGACAGAGCAUCUCGGCUGUUCCGGCAGCAUCCUCACCAUUCUGUGCGUUCGGUCCCUCUGGAGGAGCCUCGCCGUUUGGGGAGGGGGGGGGAAUGGCAGGGAGGAGCCCCGGAAAUGAUACUGCCAGGUGCUCCGGCAGCCCCUCCCUCCGCCGGGCUGACCCUUCCGGGCCUCUGUAGCCCUGAAUUCGGCUGCUUUCUCUCCUCUCUCUCCUGCACCUUGCUUUUCUCUCACACACUCUCGGAGCACUGAAAAC